AUGGCUACACCAGCGGGUCAACAACACUUCUCCUCUCCCCAGGACCAGCACCAGCAAAAUCAGCCUCCUGCCGGUUUCCAGUACUAUCAAAACGAACGUGCCAAGCCGCGCAGCUUCAGCGUUGGUUCUGAAAACUCCAAAAAGUCCCACAAGUCUCAAAAAAGCUCUUCCUCGCAGAAGGAAUACGAGACAUCGGCCGAAAAGGAAACCCAUCGACUACACUCCAAGGCUGACCCGCUCGUCGCCAUGUACGAGGCAGAGCCAUCAAUGGUUGCCGCCAUGCAGGCCGACAACAGUACGGCGUCGCUACGUUCGUUUCAGCACAAGGACGUGCAAGGAAACCCGAUCGCUGACCCCGACCGUUCCAACCCUACCCGAUCGCGCUGGGAGCGACCGCUUGAUACUAUUCGUAGUUUUGAGGCCGCUAUUAAUGGGGGCUAUCAGCGUCGCUCCUCGGUUCACCGAGAUGAUGCUAGCAAUUGGAACCGUCGUACUAGCGUGUCGACUUUCCAACAACCUCGCUUCCCCCAAGAUAGCUACUACGGCAACAAUAGCCGCCCUGUCUCAUACCGCGACGCCAACACUGCUCCUAGCACUCGUCGCAACUCUGGCUUCUUUGACGGUCAAGGUUUCCGUCCUCCCCGCAGAGAACAUGAGCAACAUGUCUAUCCUCUGCCCAACAAGGACAAAUCUUACGAAACUGUAACUUCGGCCGCCAACAGCGGGCAUACGGACCCUGCUGGAUAUCAAACCGAUCCUACAAGUAGUGACAAUAGUUCGAUCCGGCGGGCGUCCCCGGCCAAGCGCCAGGAGCCCAUGAACGACUAUGGCAUAGGCUUUGCCCACCAGCAAUCCAACCUUGGCUUCCAGCAGCCCCAGCAUCAGCAGCCUCAGCACCAGCCGCACCCGCUCCCACCGCCUCCUGUCGCUGGCCAUGAGCCAGCGCCGCCACCACCGGUCCCGCGCAAAGGCAGUCUUUUGAAACGGCAGCCUACUGAAGAAAAGAGGAAGAGCUGGCUGUCGCGUCGUUUUAGCAGGAACUAA